AUUCCACACAAUAUAGAUAUAGUAUAUACUGUUCACAAUCUACAGUCAUCGGUUCUUGUGUUGAAUUUGUUGUUUAUGCCUUUUUAAUUUCAUGCCGUCAACGUGAUGUGUUUUGCUAAACUGAGACGGAUAUGUAGUUUACUAAGAUGACAUAUUCCAGAUAUAAAUAGCUAAAGCGAAUAUCCUAGUUAAGGAGAGCAUCUUUAACAGUAAUGCAGCAAAGCUGGAACAAUGUCUCAGACUUGGCAUGGCUAAAAAUAUUAACGUAGAUAAACUUAAGCAAAUAAUACAUGAGCCUUAGCACAAUCAAAAAACUAAAUUUUGCUAUAAAAUAUAAAAUUCGUGGAAAAACUACUACUAAACUCCUCUACGCUUAGGGAAUUAUACUAAACAUAUUAAACUAUAGAAAAAACUAAAUUAUGUAUACUUGAAAGAACUUUCUUAAAUGUGUAAAAACAGAUCAAACCUUACAAAGCGACGACAAUCAUUAAAAAAACUUAGCUAGUUGGAAAAAGAUAUCAGUUAACUGAUCACUAAAGAAAAUAUUGAAAUUUUCUAUUCCAAACAUGUAUCAAACUUUGUGGUAUGUUCUUCUCAUCUGAAUGCUUGUAAUUCCUAGAGUCCCUUUAAACAUCGAUUUUGGCGCCAAGAAUUACCUUGAAAAAAUGUGAAAGUCAUUACGAGGCCCAUCAAUGGUUCGAAAAUAGACCUCCGUCCUCCGCGCAUGCGCAAGUAAACUCCAUCCCAUAUAAAAGCAAUGGUAACAGUUCCACAGGCAAGCACUUCUGUCAUCAUUCGACCAAUAUGAACCAGGUAACCUUACUUCUCGUGGUGGGCGUGGCCUCAUUGGCACUCGGCGACGUCAGAUUACAUCAUGAUAUUCCCGGCCAUCAUGGAAGUCAUGGGCACCACGGAAGCCAUGGGUAUCAUGGGACUCAUGGGCACCAUGGAAGUCAUGGGUAUCAUGGAAGCCAUGGGUAUCAUGGCACCCAUGGACACCAUGGAAGCCAUGGGCAUCACUCUAAUUACGACCAUGCGACGUACGAACAUCACCCUGCUCACUACGACUUCAACUAUGCUGUACACGACGAGCACUCUGGCAACCACUUCGGCCACGAAGAAUCCCGGCACGAAUACAAGACCGAGGGCGAAUACUUCGUUCACCUCCCCGACGGACGCAUCCAGACAGUCACUUACUACGCCGACGAGACAGGAUACCAUCCUGAUGUCUCCUACCAAGGCGAAGCCCACUACGAUGCCCACGGCCCACACCACGCUGGGUAUCAUGCCCCUGCCAAGUCAUACCACGCACCGGCGCCUGUAUACCACUGAGACUGUCCAUCCGUUACUAAUUUAUAUUGGAUAGAAAUAUAUU